AUGGACCGUCUUAGUGCUAUCGACCUUAUGAGAUUGUCACGUUUUGCCAAGGACGCGAUUGAUUUUUCGCGAGCCAAAUUAAUAGUAACCUUUCAAGCAGUUGGGCCUGUUAUUACAUUCUAUAGCUCGACACUAAUCGCUGACGGCACGUACACGAUGGCAGAACUACACUCGUUUGAGCUGCCUACAUGCAUUAAGGAAAUUUCCAAAUUUACAGAAAAUAUCAGCCGUUUCUAUGACAUUUACCAUACGCUGGAGAUCACAACGCUUGUUGACGCAGAUUUCUGGGAACAAAAUCAUUGA